AUGGAUCUCGACGAGGAGAUGGACGACGGAGCGAUGGACGAUGGGGGGUACGAGGACCUCAGCAAUGAGGAUUAUGACAAACUCAUGAGCGGCCUCGAGCACAUACGCGCCAUUCUCGGAGACGAGAAACACUCACCAAUCACGGACGCGGAGAUCAAGGACGCCUUGUACCACUACUACUUCGACGUUGAGAAGAGCGCAGCGUACCUCAUCGAGGAGCAAGAGCGCAAGGUCGCGGCCCAGGAAAGGAAAGACGGGAAGCCGCUCCCCAUUCCUCCGCCCGACGAUUACGCGGACUGGUCUCCUCCGUCUGACAACGGCUCUGGGCGGCACAACGUCCCCUUCGUCCGUCUCACUCAGAGCGAAUACGUCUCGUCCUCGGAGCAGGAAACCACACGCGCCUCGACGCGACCAGGAAGUCUGUACACCAUCGCGGAGCAGACGGAGUAUUCGGAGGACAGCAAGGACUGGCCACCCGCACCCUCGCCGUUCGCGAUGCUGCAUGGACUGCCGGCGGGUUCUCGAGGGACACUCAUGUCUUCAAUCACGACAGACUACGGGCAGAUGAUCGAACGUAAAGAGAGGAUGGCGGAUCCCAAUGAAAUCCCACCGUCUCCUUCGUCUUCUGCACUGCGCCGCCUGUCUCUGCAUGACCUCGGUUCGCCGGGCGGCCCUCCUCAGUACAACUGGUCAUCUUCGUCGUCGGAGAGGAGCUCACGCCCCCCUACUAUUGUCGAUCUCCCGUCCGUGGACAUCGACAACAUCCCGGAUAUUCCUGAUUACAAGUCGAAAUCGAGUUUACCUCGACAGGGACGCUCCGAGGUGUCGCUGGGGACCAAAAAGUCCGCACCGAAGGCGCUUGCAGCAGAAGAGAGUAGCACCGACCACUUCGAGACUGCCUCGAGCGCUAUCUCAAGUAGCGCGACGGGUGAGAAGACGGCUAAAAAGUCCAAGCUUUCGCAACUCGCCAGCUCUCGCUCUAGUGCGAAGUCUAGCGCGAGCAGCGUUAGCGCAAGCUCUCGCUCCUCCGUGACGCGCACCGAGCGGGCGAGCCAGAUCACAUAUCCUGCUCUGCGCCCUGGCGUCGGCUCAACGGUCUCCCUCUUGCCACCACGACUUCCCUCUAUCAUCGGCUCUGACUCAUCGAUCAUGACAACAACGUCCUCUGUGACGCGCAAGGUCGAGCAGGCGAUACAAAGCGCAAUGGUAUUCGAGGCUCUGGACCGGUCGAUGCCCCCAGAGCCAUCUGUUGUAGAAUCAACGGUGCCACCUACGCCCCCACCGAAGUCGCACCACAGAUUCCCUCUUGUAUACGAGGCCGCUCAGUCUCCACCUCGCUCAGCCAAGUCUUCGACGUCAUCGACCCAACCGUCUGUGCAGGUCCCUCGUUCGCCACCCCCAGUCACUCCACCCCCUGCUUCGAGUCCGCCACGGACGAAACCAUCUGCGUCGCCCCAACCCAGGCAGCUGUCGAAGUUGGCGAAGUUGGCACAGGCCAAAGCGCAGGAGCAGAGCAAGACGAAACCACACUCCCCGUCUCAGCCUGGGUUCAUCCUUCCGCGAACUACGACGGAGUACCUGACUCCCACUGCGAACGGCGCAACCGCUACAACCGCGAUCACCACGUCAUACCAAUCUCUCGCCGGGUUGCUGUCAAAGAACCAAAUCCGUCCUCCAAAGCCAGAGGUGCAGCCGCUUCCUCCAAUGCAAACCGGGCCGCAGACCCCACGCAAGACAUCAGACUCGAAGCAGUCGAAGCUCGCGAUGAAGAGCAAGUCGGCCCGUUCGAAACAACCGGAGCCAGAGCCAGAAGCCGACCUACCAGUUAUAGAGGUGCCGAUGUUCUCCGCCAGUGCCAUCCGCUCCCGCGCACCCCCGUCUGUGUUCGCGACCGUGCUCGUCACCGAGGAGGUCGACACCGUCUCGCUCAACGGCUCGGACGGCGUCCACCUUUGCCAGCACCACAAGGCUGAGCGGGACCGGAGGCGUUCCUCCAAGGGCAAAUUAGAGAGCGGCCGCUCCUCGGGUUCGAAACGGACGGAGCGCGAGGAGAAGACGCCGACGAUGCCCCCCAGCCCGCUCCCGCUGAUGCGGGGCUUCGCGUUCGACUCCCCCAGCCCGGACGACGUAGUGUUCAACGCGCGGCGGGGCACGUCGCUCGCGCGGUCCACGACCGUCUCCUCUGUGAUUUCGGCGUCCUCGCGCUGA